CUGCUUUGUGAUUAGCAACAUAAAAUGAUUUCAUCACCAUACUUAUUUCCUCACUAAGCUUAUCUAAGCAGCAAAAAGUUCAUGUGCUUUGUUACAGCUGUUAAGUGAACUGUUGAUUGGUUUGGACUAGAUUUCUGAAGACGAAUCCAAGAGAUCCACUUUGCCUGAGAACAUGAAAUGUUUGCUGCUCCUGGAUAUAAUACUUUAUGGCAUCCUGUUUAACAACACCUGGGCCUGGAAAGUUUACAUGCCAGCCAGGAUUCGUGGUCUACAAAAAUCCUGCCUUGUUAUACCAUGUUCAUUCACGUAUUCAUCCUAUCCACCUACUAACCCUGAUAGGAUAGUGUGGUAUCAGUAUGUUAACCGUGGAUAUCCUUUAGUGUAUGACAGUUGGUGCCCCACUUCAGUGAUUGAUAAGUACAGAGGAAAAACCAGCUUGUUUAAGAAGACAUACAGGGACUGCAGUCUACUGAUUAAGGACCUUAGUCUUUCCCACAGCCAAGACCGACUGUAUACUUGGGUAGACCCAGAACAUAUUGGGAAGAGCACUUACAGAUUUUAUGAUGUCACUACUCUAAUUCACGUUGAUUCAUAUGCACAAAAUCCUUCUCUUGACAUUACUGGAGGUCAUAGAAUUGGGGAAAGUAUUACAGUUCACUGCAAAACAUAUCACACAUGUCCUGACCAACCCCCCUCUCUAAGUCUGAGUGGAAUAGAAAACAUAUCCUGCAGAAAAGACAACCGGUACAUUAGUAAUGGCGAAUGGGAAAUCAGAUUAACAUGCACAGGAGUUGUUCAAUCUGAAAGACAAGACGUUAAAUGUUCUGUUAGACACAGCGGUGGCCUCUCUGCGUCCACUACAAGAAUACAUAAUGCAGAGUGUUCCAUUGAUAACAUCAGGAUUACUCCUAAUUCUUACACAGAGUUUCUGGAGGGUGUGGAACAAGACAUUGUUUGCUCCGUUAUAUACAUGUGCUCCAACAACAAACCUCAGAUGUUUUGGGAUGGCGAAAGGUUACAUGGAAGCACAACUUAUAUUAGAAAACAGGGAAUGCAACAUGAAGCUAGAUCCACACUAAAGUUCACAGCAAAGGCUGCUGAUCAUGACAAAACCAUUACCUGCCGAAGUGAAUUUAAAGGAAAUUUUCAAAGAGUGCAGAUUACUUUAAGAGUCAAGAGGUCAGUGGGCUCACUUGACUGGACUGUCAGAAUUCCCAGCACAAUUAUUGGUGUCCGAGGUUCCUGUGUGGUCAUUCCCUGCAAUUAUGAAUUCAAAAACUCCCAGCGUCGUAGUGCUGACGUGAAAUGGUAUAAACUCUCCAAUACAGUUUAUCAUCUGGUGUAUGACCAAUCAACAUACAAUAUCAUUGAUCAGUUCAAAGGAAAGACAAGUUUAUAUGGAUCCGCAAAUGACAAAAGCUGCAGCUUAAAGAUCCAGCCGCUUGGGAUAGAAUAUCAUCAGGCAAGACUGUUUCCCUGGAUGGACCAAAAGCCUACUGAAGCAUACCACCGAGCAAAUGUUAAUGAUGUGUCUAUUGCCCUUGAGGUGACAGAUACUGUUGAGAAACCACAGGUAGAACUUCUUGGCAUAGCUAAAGUUGGCGAGCCUGUAACCUUAUACUGCAGUGUGUUCCACACCUGUCCUUCAUCACCCCCAACACUGAGCUUGAGUAUAUCACGUGGAUCUUCUCGUCUUACACAAACACCCCAACAUAAUGGGAAAUGGAAAGAGACCAUGACGAUUACAUGGACAGUUGAGGAAAAUGAUAAGUCUGUUACUUGUACUGUGAGUUACACAGGUGGACAGAAAUCAAAUACUGAAAUCAGUCUUAAUCCUUUAUGUCCCAUUGAUCAAGCCCAGAUUACUCCUGAUUCAAACACAGAGUUUCUUGAGGGUGUGGAACAAGCCAUGGUUUGCUCUGUUACAUACACAUGUGCCAAAGACCGACCUUACAUGAUUUGGAUUGGUGAACAGUUACCUGGCAGCACAUUUUCUAUAACAAAGCAGGAAACAAAGCAGAAAGCUAGCUCCAUAUUGAAGUUCACGCCAAAAGCUAGUGAUCAUGGCAAGACCAUUACCUGCCAAGCAGAUUUUAAAGGGAAUGUUCAAACAGUGGAAAUCACUUUAAGAGUUCAAAGGUCAAUGGGCUCACUUGACUGGAGUUUCACAAUGCCCCAGACAAUUACUGGUGUCCGAGGUUCCUGUGUGGUCAUUCCUUGCCAUUAUGAAUUCAAAAACUCCCAGCGUAGUAGUGCUGGCGUGAAAUGGUAUAAACUCUCCAAUACAGGUUAUCCUCUGGUGUAUGACCAAUCAACACGCAAUAUCAUUAAUCGGUUCAAAGGAAAGACAAGUUUAUAUGGAUCCGCAAAUGACAAAAACUGCAGUUUGAAGAUCCAGCCGCUUGAAAUGCAGCAUAAUCAGGAAAAACUGUUUCCCUGGAUGGACCCAAAUGCUAUCGAAUCAUACCACAGCAAAAAUUUUGAUCAUGUAACUAUUACCCUUGAGGUGACAGAUAUUGUUGAGAAACCACAGGCAGAUCUUCUUAGCAUAGCUAAAGUUGGCGAGCCCAUAACCUUGUCCUGCAGUGUGUUCCACACCUGUCCUCCAUCACCCCCAACACUGAGCUUGAGUAUAUCACGUGGGUCUUCACGUUUAAUACACACACCUGUUCAUGAUGGGAAAUGGAAGGCAACCAAAGAGAUUACAUGGACCGUUGAGGAAAAUGAUAAGUCUGUUACUUGUACUGUGAGUUAUGCAGGUGGACAGACAUCAAAAACUGAAAUCAGUCUCAAUCCUUUAUGUGACUUUCACAAACCUGUAAUAAGUUCAACUCAAGACGAGACUAUGGAAGGAAUCGAGAAGAGCUUUACUUGUACUGUGAACCACACAUGUCAAAAAGAAAAACCAAAAAUAAUCUGGAACUACCAAAACAUGCCAGUUUUUGUUCAAACGCAGAAGGUUUCCUCCUCCAGUUGGAAAACAGUUUCCACUUUAAAACUGAAAGCAUCAAGGGAUGACCAUGGAAAGACAUUAACCUGCACAGCUCAAACUACAGAAGGAGAGACUUCAGAUCAUGUUACUUUAAAAGUAAAACGGGGGAUGUUUUCACUGGACUGGACAUACUCAAUGCCCAGUAAGAUCACAGGCCUCCAAGGCUCCUGCCUAGUCAUUCCCUGCAGCUUUGAGUUCAAAACAGAAAAACUUAGCAACGUUGAGGUGAAAUGGUACCUAUACUCCACGACAGAGUACCCUUUAGUGUAUGCCUCAGAUAGUAAGAAUGUCAACAAAUUAUUUGGCGAGACAACACUGUAUGGAUUACCUAGUGAGAAAAAUUGCAGUUUGGAAAUCAAGCAACUUAAUAUGCAGCAUAACGGGCGUAGACUCUACCCCUGGAUGGAUCCAAAAUCAGUUCACACAUUUCACAAGGAAAAUUACUAUGAUCAAUCUGUUGAACUCCAAAUAACAGAACAAGCCAAUAAACCAAAACUAAGUAUUACCGGCAUACCAAGAGUGGGAGAGCAAGUCACAGUGUCAUGUAGUGUCCUGCAUACCUGUCCACCCAAUCCUCCAAGUCUGUCUGUGGGGAAAGCACUUGAGACUGACAUUACUGUACACACUCCAGUGCAGGAUGGCUUUUGGGAGCUCAUGAGGGUGCACACAUUUAUAAUUAAGGAAGAGGAGAAAACUGUUACAUGCAAAGCCACAUUCCAUGGCGGACAGACAUCAGAAACACAAGUCAAUCUCAAUGCUCAGUGUACCUAUAAGGAUAUAAUUAUUGAUCCCGAGGUAGCCGAUGUUGUAGAGGGUGUUGGAAAUAACUUCACCUGCACAGUUUUCCAUUCUUGCAAGGGUCAGCCUCCAGCUUUCACCUGGAACUACAAAGACAUACCAGAGACUGUGGGGACUAAAAAAGGCCCAUCAUUAUCCUGGGCCACCUCCUCCAAUAUAUUAUAUAUAGCUUCAUUGGAGGAUGAUGGCAAGAAACUGAUUUGCACUGCAACAUUUCCUGGAGGAGAGAUCACAACUUCCAUUGUUUUACAGGUUCAAAGAUACAUUCCAAAGGUGGUGGAUCCAUUUGAGAAUGACACUCUCCACGUUUUAGAGGCAAAUGUGGUGCCCAGGAUCAGUGCUUUGACCCGCUCAUGUGUGGUGAUCCCCUGUACCUUCCAGACUGGUGAUAUGCCUAUUACACGCCUUCGAGGUCUGUGGUACAGCAGUACUGGCGAAUAUGUUUUCCACACUGGACAGUACAAUGUUAUGGACAACUUUAAGGGUCGCACACGACUUCUGGGGAAUCCAGAUGAACAGAACUGCACUUUAGAGAUUGAUAAUGUCCAAGCUCAUGACAAUGGGCCAUUCUGUUUCCGUGCAGAAAAAGACAACGAUAAGUACAGCUUCAACCACAGCUGUGUGUUCAUCAUCAUGAAAGUAUCUCCUGACAAGCCUGUGAUAUCAGCUCUUCCCGAGGAGAUGGAGCCAGGAAAGCGAUUCACAAUACACUGUUCUGUCAAUCAUACAUGUUCCUCACAUCCCCCAACUAUCACAUGGAAUGUUCAGGCUGCCAGAGAAGUGGUAAGCCAUGUGGAGAAAAGUGCAGGCAAAUGGGAAACAACCUCCACAAUUACCUUCAUCCCAACUGGCUAUGAACAAGAAGACAAUCUUGUUUGUCGAGCCUCUUUCUGGAAGGGAAAGAACCAAGAAAGCUCAACCUUACUGAGUGUGAAACGAUUUGAAGGACUGGGUAUGGACAGCAUAGGACUUUAUAUAAUUCUGCCUUUGGUUUCAUUAUUGCUUUUUUGUAUUGCUGCUGGAAUUAUCAUCUACAAGAGAAGAGUCCAAAAGAAAACGAGUGAUGAAGCAACACCUGAAAGAAGAAGAUCAAUUUGGAGCCAAAUUUCCAGGAGAUACGAUAGGACUGCAAAUUGGCUAAGCUCUUCUGGUGAAACCAGAGCACCUCCAAGGCCACCGAAACCAGAGAAAAGGCGCAGCAUCUGGAGCAGGUUUUCCAGAAGAGGUCCAGUGACCAAUACAGAUCUGACUGUUCAGUACAAGGUAAACACUGUCAGUACAGCAGCCACAUCUGCAGGAUAUUCAAAACCUCACUUUCCAUCACCAAAGAGCGAACCGAGAAGAGGUGGCCUCUUAACACAUUAUGAUGAGUGAGAUUUCACCAACGUCGCAGAUUUCAAAAUGCAAUGAUAACAGAAGAGUCUGUGCAGAAGGAGUGAAAUACUGUUUUAUCUUUAAGACUUGGCUUAUGCUUGGAUCUUAUGCAGUUUUUAGUUUGUAGCAGAUGUUUUGUGAUGCUAGACAAAAUAAUGUAAAAAAAAAAAAAAGAGCUUGAGAUACUGAGAAUCAUGUAAUAAGAUAUUCCAAAGUAUAUUAUUCAUAUUUUAUUAUUCACUUUUCAGACAUAUGUAUGCAUGUUGGCAAUGCAUAAUGAUUAUUAUUCUAUCCACACUCACUGGAUAUGAGCAAUUGCACACUCUGAUUGGCUACUCUACUACUAGGCUAUCGGCUCAUAUACCGUGAUUAGAGAAAAACAAAACUGCAGAAUGCUUUGCUGAACCAACCGUGGAUGAAAUAAAAACUCUACUUGAAAACAAAACCCUGAGAAAUACAAAAAAAGCAACAAAAUAUGGAAUAAAAGUAUUUAAUGGCAAGAAUGCAUCUUUUUAUUUUUCAAAAAUUAUUAUAGCAUUUUUCACAAAUUGCUACUGUCAUUUCGCUGGUUUGAUUACAUUCUAAGCAGAAAUUAUUUUGUCAGACGUUUUGUAUAAAGUUAUUUAUCGAAUUUGCAAAAAAUCAUAAAAAUGCUCCGUUUCUCAAAAUCCAGUGAAUGUGGAUAGAAUAAAACAGUUAUUCCACUCAAUCUUGUCGUACAUGGCUUAUAGCCAACUCGGCGCUACACACCUCAUCAGCUAUCAGCUCAUAUAUGACUCAAUUUCGUGGAAUAAUUGUUAAAUAUAUACUAUUUUAUAGCAUAUUGUAUCUGACAGCUUCUUUCUGCAUUAUGUCAUAUG